UCCCGCUAAAGGACAGCUGCAAAUGCCGGGAGCAUGUACCGUGCGAAACUCAUAUUCAUAGUGGCGCUCGUUGUAGGCGCAGUUGAAUCUGGACCUGCUACCUUCAAUGACCUUCUUGAUUUCUUCAAUACUACUUCAAGAAUAUAUGUGUACGCAACUACUUAUGUGACAUAUAUUUACGACAACCCUGUAACGUGCAUCUGGUAUUCGAAGAAAUAUUUAAAUGACACGUGCCUCACGUUUAAUAUUCGGUACAAAGCUGACUGGCGUACAUAUGACAUGCCUGUUAACGCCAAACUGGGAGACGACCCUGAUGUAGGCGGCCCCUACAUGGAACCCAAUUUUUGGCCAAAAGAAACAACCUUUCGUACUAGAGAAAAAGCAAGGGACUUUUCCACAGAUAAAGAUGAAUCGGUUCCUGCCAGAAGGACCUUGUUCUUCAACCUCCGUGACCUACAGUGCGCUGUGUUUACGAUGCCGCGAAGAGGAAAAAUUCACUGCGAGCUCCACCUGUGGGAAAGUGCCAUUAUUAAAGAAGGCCCAUAUCACCAUGUCAACUUUACUUGCCUGAAGCAUUUCCAGGCACUCUGCGGGGACUGGCCAACGUGUAUCACUUAUACCCACUCAUGCAACAGAUGA